GUAUAUAAAUAUAUUAAGUAUAGUGAAUUUUGGUUGUUUGUUUUCUUAAUGGAUGAAAAUCUGAAAACAGGUAUUGUAAAAGAAUCAGAUCUUAAUCAGCAGAAUGGACACGAAAAGCUUAGCAUCGACAAUAUAUAUCAUGUUGGUGGUUGCCAUCAAUCUCAUUCAGAUAGUGAAAACCUAGAGAAACUAAAAACGGCCUUAAGGCAAGCCUUGGGAUUAGAUCCAAAUUUACCAAAACAAUGUGUUAUGAUGGAUUUGGAACAACAAAAUAGACUAUCUUUGCUUGCAAUAGAAAUGCUAAUAGAACAAGAAGAUAUUGAUGUACAUCCAUAUGGAAGAGGUGGAAUUUACGAAGGAAUAUUGUACAGAAACAGGCCAAAAGAAAAAAUUAACAUCAUUUCGGCGUUUAUUUGGUUCGUUUUUGUUAGUUCGGUUGCUAUUAUGGCUGGGACAAUUGUCACUGUAGCAGAACUUUACUACUUCUUGAAGUCAGAAAAUACAAAUGAAGAUAAAAUGGCUUUCUGUAACUUUUUUAAAAACUGUUUGAAAGUCAAGCCAUUUCAAUGAAGAAUUCUUACCUUAUAUUAUUAACAAUGCAUCGCUACCAGAUACUUAGUUCUAUCUAACAAAUCUAUAGAUCCAUAGAAUAAAUAGUAUAUUCAGUUCUUUAACUAUGACUUAUCUGCUGAAAAGUAAAUCAGUUUAUUCCUCUUUGAGUAAACCUUUUAGUUCUGAUAGUUCUUUAAUUUCCUAGACUACUGUUCUUACUUUAACUGAAAUAAGUUCGGUUAAAAUGUCAAAAAGAG